AUGCCCCGAGGACGCAGGGGCUGUUGGACAUGUCGCAUUCGACACAGAAGAUGUGACGAGUCAUCCCCUGAAUGCAAAGAAUGCAGUACUCGAAGUAUUACCUGCCAUGGAUACGACAUUGAUCCGCCACAAUGGAUGAGCAAUGACAAGUUACUGCAAGAAGAGCUUCGGCGUAUCAAAGGUGCAGUUAAGGAGAAUUUCCGACGUGUCAAAACUAUCCAGAAUCGCCAACUUGCUCGAUUGACGGCUGAAGAAACACAAGCAUCGCGUGCUAAACCAAGUUCUCAAUCGCUAGGUGACCAAGUCCCCAAUCCAACUCCAGUCGGCUCUUCAACUACAAAUACCAUAUUUAAGGAGGCUCAGUACUUGGUACAUUACCUCGACUACAUCUUUCCGAUUCAAUACGCCUUUUAUGUCGAUGCACCGCAUCAAGGUGGCAGAGGUUGGCUCUUCUUCCUUCUCGAGCGAAACGCACCGCUUCGCAACGCAGCACUUACUCUUUCUGCCUUCCAUCAACAUACCUUGUCACCAUAUCAUACUGAAAGCCAAGAGGACGAACUAUUGAAAUACCAUACCAAAGCACUUCAAGAACUUCGACAUGUUGUCCGCCAUCGAGACGUUGGCGCUUCCGCCGACAACAUCGAGGAAUGGCUCAAGUUUCUCGCUGGCGGUAUGUUCUUGAUCUCUUUCGAGGUUUUUCAAGGCGGCACAAACCACUGGCAAGCCCACUUCAACGCUCUCGUAUCUGUUAUUCAGAACCUUACCUCCUCCGAUUUCGACUUCGACGCGUCCGACCCUUCGAGUUCCGACUUUGACUUUCAACGAGGGAUGAAUACUGCGCAAAAGUUCCUUCUGUCGAAUCUUGUCUGGAUCGACAUACUUGCGCCACUGGCUACGGGAACUGCACCGAAACUGCCAUACCAUGACUGGCUCAACGCUGGUAAGAUUGACAUGUCAAGAGUCAUGGGCUGCUCAAACUGCAUCAUGAUCGCAAUUGGUGACAUGAUGGCUUUGAGCUCAGAAGCUAGCACACUGGAUGGCGAUGAUUUGGGAAUCGCCAUCAGGGGGUUGGAAAAGCGCAUCAUGGGUGGAAUAGACGCUGCUUUGGAUGGUGCAUCAUCAUUGACUCCAACCAACCGCUCCGUAACCCACCUUUUUGCAACUGCAGCUCUCGUCCAGCUUUAUACUAUUGCCUCUGAAAAUGGCAUCUCAUCACCAGAUCCUCACACCGCAGUGUCUCGAGUCAUCGAAGUAUUAAACCACUUACCUCCACACAUUUCUUUACGAGCAACGCCAUGGCCUUUAUGCGUUGCGGGUUCCAUGGCACUUCCCCCCAACGAGCAGUACUUCGAUGACUUGUUCAAGAAGCUCAUGGACAACGCUGAGGCGGGCUUCACAAAUUGCGUGUCUGUUGCAACCAAGAUCCUCCAGUACUUUCCUCAGCUAGAGAAACACCAUUUUGCGGCUGAUGCUCUCUGGCGUGACACAUAUGUCCUGACUAGUACCAUCCGCACAUUUUACUACGAUGAUUCGGUUGCAGCUGAAUGGCAUAUUCUUAUCAACAGCCAUGGCCUGUCGCGUGCAAGUACUGUCCUCGGCUCUGCAAAGGUCAUUUCCCCUGGAGAUGGAAUCGCCUGGGUUGACUGUACCUUCACCUUUGAGUCAUUAACUCCAGCGAUUAAUUGCUCUGAUAUCUUGUCAUUAGUCCCAAGCCCUGACGGAUCGUGGAAUAUCUGGGUCUUGCGGACUAUUCUCGAGCAAGUGACAAUGGUUCAGAGGAGUCGUACCUUUGUGCUACCAGCCGAAUUGAUCGAAGAGCGUUACGUUAUCAUUUACAAUGAUAAGAUCCCUAGUGAGGUCAGUGACCGAGCCAUGUUCAGUCACCCUGUAUCAAUCGCUCGCCAUUUGUCAUCCGGGGCCUUUCACGCUAUGACCAGGCCACAGCCAGAGCGAUACGAAGCCUUGGAACGAGCUGGCUUCAAGGUUGAUCCCUUCGGAGAUAUCCAAGACGCUGUCAAUAUUCGUCUCGGUGGACACUACAUUAAUGUCGGAACGUCAGCCAAAAUUGGAAAAAAGCUGGUAUGA